GGCGGAAUCAGAGUCCUGCGAAAAACUGUCAAACUCAGUGAAAAAAAUAUUUAACUACAUCACGUGGCUGUCAGCACGUUACCCACCAUGUUCCAGUAAUGGCACCUUACACGCGACUGUCCUCAUCCCGCAUGUGCAGCGAACCCCGACUCAGUGGCUCCCGACCAUUCUCCGACUCGACCUAACCCGAGCGUAUGGAAUAACUCCAGCAACGUUUCUCAGACACUGAGGAAGUUGUCCCCCGUGUGAUCACCAUGAACGGGGUGCUCCUCGAGGACGAAGACUUAUCAGACGUCGACGACCACAUCUUUCUCAACGGCAAUGGGGAUGGGAAAGGCGAUCACGGGAAAGACGAUCUCGCCAAGCCACUGAUGCCUCCAAGGAAGAAAUCCCAGACUGAAAAUGGGAACUUACCUUUGAUGGAGACCAGAAUCAGAAGACCAGCUCGUGCUCCCUGUCGUGCUUGGUGUACACCCAUCUGUUACUUGCUGUUGGCACUGUCUGCUCUAUUUGGAAUCCUUGGAAUUGGUGUCUAUGUGAUGGAAUAUCUCAAUGACUCGGUGGCAGUCCCAAGUUGGAUGAAGUUCCGGCACUCAUGUACUUCCUUGAAGAAGGAGACACGUUGGACUCUCACUUUGCCCAAGUAUGGCUCACUAAUCAUGGAAGCAGAUUCCCAGAGGGAUUUACUAUUUCUUGGAGCCUCCUCAGGGUUGGAUUCAGUUCAGGGGACAGCAGAGGGAAAUGCCCUCCUGUGUGACAUCUACUUUGAGGGAAAUCAGCCCUGUCGAGGCAGUAUCAUCGGGGUGAAUGCUUCAGAUGGGCAAGUUCUUUGGAGACAGGGGACUCAAAAUCACAUUCAGCAGCUCUCCUGCAAAACUGAUGUCUCAGGGGACAAUAUUGAUGUUCUGGGGGUCAAUGGAAAAGAUGGAACUAUUAUCUGGGAAUUCUCAUCAUCAUCUAUUAUGCACAUAGUCCAGGUGAGGGACUGGGAUGGAGACUCGGUACCUGAUGUUCUUGUGCUUCCUACAGAGUCAAGUGAGGCUUCUUCCCUUUCAUUCUCAGUACUUCUCUGGGUUCUCUCUGGUCAUGCCGUUCUCUCUCUGUCAGAGCCAGAAGGAAGACGCAAAGGGAAAAAGAGGAAACGGAGGUGGUUUCUUCUGAGUGGUAGCAAUGGUCGAAAGUUGCAUGAGUCUCGUAUGAAUGUGGAGGGAUCGCUUCAUCCACCUGUAACUCUUGUCCACCCUGACGAGACUGAGUAUCUCCUCUUCACCUCAUCUUACCCAGCUCGAAUCAGCAUCUUCCAACUAGAAGACUUCAUUGGUGACAAGGGAGGUUAUCGCACUCUGUUGCUCGGGGUCAACGGGACGAGCGGCCCAAUCCAGCUGGGAGACUUGAAUGGAGAUGGAAUAGAAGACUUCAGCAUCAAUGUUGACAAUGCAACACUUGCUUUUGAUGGUUGGGACUUCUCUCCAAUGUGGACCUCUCCACUUCACUCUAUGGAUGGCAACAUGUCACUUGGACACUUUGUUGGUGAAAAGGGGCUUGACAUAUUUUUUCUGCAAGAUUCUCAGGCAUUGGUAGUAGGUGGGAGGAAUGGGAGUGGGGAGGUGGUAUCUGGAGAGCUUGCCAAGCUGGGACAGUUCUUCUCAAGUGCUGCAGGUGUCAUCAGUCUUGGUCCAAGUGUCGAUGGAAUCCUCUUUUGGCUGGCCAGCUGGAAAGAGCAUGACUUCCAUUUGGUGGGAUGGAGCAGGGACUUUGUACCACAAUUUCAGUCCUAUCUCAAUGUCAGCUCACAAUGGCCAGAACACCCAAACGAAACAGAAUCUCUUGGUGAGAAAUAUUUGGAAAAGCAUCCAGGUGCACUUAAACUGUGGGAAAAGGCCCAACAUGGAAAAGAAGAGGUUCAGCCCAUGGUCUACCAAUCCAAGCAUCACAUCUCCAAGUAUGGGCAGAGCAGGGAGAUGGGGAAUCAAUGGGUAGAUCCAUAUCAAGACUUGAGUGGAGUAAAUGAAAGAUGGUUUGAGUAUGACAAUGAAGAGCCAGACCCAAUAUAUGGCCUGGAAUCACCUGAUGCUGACAUCCAGCCAGAUUGGCUGGGAUGGAAGAGAGAUGUCAAGCGAUCCAUUCAAAUUGAAAAAGUUGAAAGAGAGGUUCUGCCUGUAUUGGUUCUACCCAGCACUGAUGCAGGUGGAGUGGAUGUGAUCUCAGGGGUUACUUCCCAAGCUCAGCGUAACUGCCCUCAAGCUAACAACACUGUUCUGAUGGCUGCUUGCCUCAUUGCUCACGGCCGAUUGCACGUGGUCGCAGGUCUCGAGGCCAAGUGCGUAAUGGAUAGGACAUUGAAAGUGAACUUCACAAGUGGUGCCAAUCAGGGCAACAGUUUGAAUAUAAGCUUAGAAGUGGACACAGGGAAGAAGGGUGAGCUUUCUCAGAAACUUCGAGAAGUCCAGCAGAAGUGUAAUGAUCAUCUCACCUCAGUGAUUCUGAAGGCUGCCUCUGGGAAUGCAAAUGGAGGGAAAGACAGCAGUGCUCUAGAAGAUGGUGAUGAAGAUGACAGUGAUGAUGAUAAAGUGAAUGACAAAGAUCAAUGGACUCUGCCAGAAGGCUUAGAUCAGGACAAUGAGAAGUGGACCUCUCUGAUUGAACUGAUUAAAACUUCUCAUGAGAUCCCAGAUCACGGCAUAGCUCAAGUGAUCAAAUCAUGUGAAAGUGGAGUGAAGAAAUGGGAUAAAUAUGCUACACAUGUAAUAUUUGAACUUUUGGCACGGGAGGAAAAUCGACAUGGACUCAGAAGAGCCCUGGAAACAGAUGAAGAUCUCAACACCCUUCUCCAUUGUGAUGAGGGUGCCCUAGCUUUGAAAUUGGCAAGGUUAUCACUUGCUAGGAAGAUGCCUCCACUUGCCAUUCUUCAAUCUGAAUGGGAGAAAUGGCUCGAAUUGGGCCACUGGGACUCCCUGAAGCUCUUCUUCUCAAGGCAGCCAUGGUCUCAAUUGAGACCUGGCUUUAUCAUCUGGUAUUUCCUCUCCUGUUCAUCUCCUGAAACCAUGGAUUUACUCCUUCAGACCCUCUGGCAUCCAUAUGAUAAUGAAGAUGUAGAGAAGGAAGCAAAGUCCAUUUGUGAUGCCCUGGCCAGUCAAAUAAAGUGCCUUCAUUGGAUUCAGAGUCAUUUGGAGACAAGUGACAGGUCCCAUUUCCCUUCCAUAACUCCCAUGGAGAUUCUGUCUCUAGUCCUUUCUUCUCGCCCUCUUCGAGCCUUGCAUCAGAUAUUCAAACUGGAGAAUCUGUCCUUGCAUGAUGGAUUGGAAUAUCUAAAGCUGAGUAGAGAAUCUGGAGAUGGUGAUAAUAAAAAUAUCCUAUUGGGCUUCUGGUCUGUUAGAUUGUCUCUUCAAGCUCUCAAGGCUUCAAGUGCUCUUCUUGGAGAUGAGGGGAGGUAUCAGGAAGAGGUUACAGAUAGGUUGCUUCUUGCAAAGUCUUACACUCUGCAGAUCAGCCAACUAGCUUUCAGGGUUGAUGUGGCCAGGUUACUGUUCUCUCUGCUGCUUAUGGAAAAAGUGGAGACAGAGAAGGGUUUGCAUGGCAGAGGACAUUAUUUGUCAAAUGCCUCCUUUACCAGAGAUUUACUCCAUGUCCUCAAGGAUAUCCUGGUUGUAACAAGCUCUGCUCUCUUCAGUGAGACAAAGUCUAAGGAUGAGGAGGAUGGAAAGAGUCCCCUAGAUUCACAGCAUCUAACUUCCAAGCUUCUACAAUGGGUGAAUGAAGCUCAGUGGAGGUUGAGCCUUGUGACUGAAGAGGAUUUCCCUAAGGAGAUGGGGAUUGUGGACAUGUAUCCGCUUGAUCAUGUUGCUGUAUUAGAACAUCUGUUUGCCAAACCUGAAGACCUGCUCUUCUUUUGCCUGCAUAUACAGAGAGACAGGAUAAAAGCCUCUCAAGUGGUCAAACUUUGUGAUCUUGGAGAAACUUGGCUGGGUCAUGAAACCUCUUUUGAUGAAUUCUGGGAAGAAGCCAAACAGAAGGUGCUUCUCAAGAAUUUGAAUGUUGAAGAGUUCCUGAAUGCAUUCCAGAAGGAAACUCCCCCUAUCCAGCCUGAAGUAGAGGAACUUUUACCAGGUCUGAAAGUCUCAAGCGAACUGAAAACAAGCUUGGCCCUGUUUGACUUGACUUUGGCCUUGCCACCUUCACAUGGAUCUGCCUCAAUCCUCCUACACCAAAUAGAAGAGAUGCUUUCACGCUGUGAUAUCCCUGUCCUCCUGUCUCCUUGGAGGCAGUUCUUCACUCAGUAUUUCACCCUCAUCCAUGAAUUGAGAAGGUUGCCAGAUGCUCACAUACUUGGUCAUCCUUUGCUUCUCCCACUCUCCCUUGAUCCUCAAAAGCAUCUUUGUGGUCUCGGAGAAACUUGGCUGGGUCAUGAAACCUCUUUUGAUGAAUUCUGGGAAGAAGCCAAACAGAAGGUGCUUCUCAAGAAUUUGAAUGUUGAAGAGUUCCUGAAUGCAUUCCAGAAGGAAACUCCCCCUAUCCAGCCUGAAGUAGAGGAACUUUUACCAGGUCUGAAAGUCUCGAGCGAACUGAAAACAAGCUUGGCCCUGUUUGACUUGACUUUGGCCUUGCCACCUUCACAUGGAUCUGUCUCAACCCUCCUACACCAAAUAGAAGAGAUGCUUUCACGCUGUGAUAUCCCUGUCCUCCUGUCUCCUUGGAGGCAGUUCUUCACUCAGUAUUUCACCCUCAUCCAUGAAUUGAGAAGGUUGCCAGAUGCUCACAUACUUGGUCAUCCUUUGCUUCUCCCACUCUCCCUUGAUCCUCAAAAGCAUGUCACUCUGACCAAAGCAACAAUGAGCCUGUCAGUUGCACUACGGAACUUCAAUGCUUCGGCCCAGUCCGUACAGUCUGAAAUGCAAAUCUUUCGUAGACUGGUGGAAGCAGUUGGCGAUAUGCAUUCCACCUUGAGGAGGCUGUCUCUGUGUCCUGAAGGUGGGAUGGAAUUUAAUCCAUUGAGAAACAUUAUGUUCUUUGUGAAACAGAUGACAUUCCUUCUUAAUGGGGGAAGGAAAAAAGUGAAAGAUGCCUCCUUUGCAGUACUUAGGAGAGACAUAGUGAAGAGCUUAGGUGAAGUCCUUCUGUCUCGACCUGGAUGUCUAGUGCAGAUUACCCAUUGUGCUGAACAGCUGAACCUGGAUUUGGCAUAUGUGAUUGUUAGGAGCAGUGUGCCUGCCAUUCCUCUUCACGUUCCCACAACUCCGGUUGAACCAGAUGAAGCAGCUGAAGUCAUCCGGCUACUUCUGGAUUUUACCUUGAAUCAAGAAGACAGUUCAGAAUCUUCACUGGAGGACAAGAAGGAGGAAGGAGAAUGGUCUCAAUUGCACAAGCUUCCUGAUGAACUCCUGGAUUAUCUGAGAUCUGAGUCGUGGCUGGUGUCCUUCCUGUUGGAGAAGUUGCACUCUGAUCGAUCUUCUGCAGAUGGGAUUCCCUCCAGCUACGGCUCUCCCUGUUUGGAUCGCCUCUUCCUCUCCCCACGUUCCAAUGUCCUCAAGAUCUUCUUUUCUGGGAGCAGACACCUGGCAGCCCUUAGUCCUCCACCAGCAUCUCAGAUGAUCAUUCUUUUCAUUAAAGAACAUGCAAAAUCUCCUGAUGUCUGCUUAGAAUUGCUUGACUCCAUCCCACCAGUCUGCUUAAGUGAAGGCUUGCUGCAGAUCAGGGAUGCCCUUUGGUGCCACUGCCUGGAACUGAACCUCAUUCCUCAAGGAUUGAAGCCAUGGCAGGCUGUCCUGCAGAUCAGGGAUCCAGAGCUUCGAUGUGCUACAUUGCUGAAAUGCGCAAGGGAUUGGCCAUACAAUGACGCAAGGCAUGCUGUUGUGGCCUGCAUUCCUCUUUCCACUGCUCAAUUCAAGGAGGAGCUUCAAAGCAUUAGGGAUGAAGUGCAGCUCUAUCAGCAGGUGUUGGAGGCCUUAAAAGAAGGAGCAUACCCAGAUUGGCAGGAUGCCUCCUGGCAAGACAUUGCCAAAAGGUCCCAGACUGACUCUUCUUCCAUCUUUGGGACUUUAUAUUCUCUGCGAAAGUACUCUGUGGCAUCCAAGUGGGCUGAGAGACAUUCUCUGCCAGAAAACCUCCAUCGCCACCUGGAGGAGAGCUUGCUCCGUUCGAUCAUCACUUCCCCUAAACCUGAUCCCCAUCAGAUCAAAGCUGUUUUGGUCCCCUUGUCAUCUACUGUGGCUGCUUCGAUACUGGAAAAUCUCCUGCCUGAAGUUGAGCAUGGAGAGACCUGCAGUUUCCUGGUCUCUCUGUUACUGGAUGAAUAUGCUGAAGUCUUGUCACCGGUCAAGAAGGAACAGUACACCCGUCUCCUGACUGGACUCGGUAUCCUGAUGGCUCUGGAUGGAUCAUAUCGCCCUGAGCUCCUGGAUAUUGUCCAGCACCCACUGUUGAUGAUCGAACAGUUGAUAAUGAACAUGGAGGUGAAGGCAGCCAAAACAGCACUGAUGAAGCUCAAUGUCGACAACAAAAGACUCUCCACAGACUGGAAGUCAUCUGUAAACCUGCUUGUGCUCUCAUAUGCUGACAAAUCUCUGUGGUUUCAUCCCUCAUUUUCAGGUGGGAGCACAGGAAGUCCAUCAGAUUUGGAAGCAUCUCUGAAUGGUUCUGUGGGAUCUGGCUCCUGUUCCUAUUCCCAUUCAUCAUUUGUUCCCCCUACGAUUCCUCCCCAGAAGAGCAAAUGGAUCCCUGAUAAGAAAGCUGACAGGUGCAUGGAAUGUGGGACCGAGCCUUUCUCCAUGUUUCAUAGACGCCACCACUGUCGACGGUGCGGCCGUGUCGUCUGCUUCAGCUGCUCCCAGCAUCGAAUCUUGGUGGAGGGAUAUGGGAAUGUUGAAGUUCGUGUCUGUGACCCCUGCUUCAAAUUCAGUACAGCUGAGCAGGUUCCUGGAGAUCAGCCACCAGAUUCAGUUGAAUUACAUCUUCCAAAGCCUCACCGGUGGAAGCUGUCUCAAGACCCAGAGUACAAUGAGGUUGCUCGAGAAGAAUUCUCAUUUGAGUAUUACCCUAAUGUCCCGCUCUGCUUAUCACUCCUGGAGCUCUGUCAUGAUUCACAAUCUGCUGCUGACUUUCUCAUUUCUAAAGCCAUGCAUUAUUUUGCAUUUCUGCGUCCCCUUGCUCCCGGACACGUCAAUCCAGAGAUCGAUUUGGAGGUUUUGUUGAAGAUAAUCUCAGAUCUUCUCCUUGCUGCCAAAUUGAAGCUGGAAGGGCGACGAGCCUCAGAUUGUGAUCGUUUGCUUGAUCUUGUGGACCUGGCUCAUCUCAUUGUUGAUUCUGGCUGCGCUCAUCUUCUCCCAUCAGAUUGGCAGGGAGAUAUGGCAAAUUCUGUGCGCCGUCUUCGAGAUUCCCUCGUCCGUGAGGAAAGAUAUGGCGUUGCUCUUGAUGUCUCCACUCGAGCUCAGCUCGAUCGAACUAGUGUUUUUGCUGCAUGGGGACUUUCGUGCCUAAAUGCCGGGGACUUUGAAACUGCUCGUGAGAAGUUCUCAUCUUGUCUGACAAAGGAUCCACCAAGACUGCAAGGCAAUCGAAAGUUGCUGGAACAGAUCCUUGGCUACCUGCAGUCAAGACCAUUUCUGGUGGAUGAGAAUGUGAUGGAGGGAGCACGGAGGAGCCGGGCUGCUCUUGGCUCCAAGAUGCCUCUUAUGGCUCUUCAUGUCCAGCAUUCCCUUGCCUCACUACAAGACAUCAUGAAUGGAAAGAUGAAGGAAGCUCGUGGGGGGAUGGAGCCACUGUUCUUCACUGAAGCUAUGUGGUACCUGACAACAUAUGCUCCAGCAGACAUGAUCGUCACGUUCUACCAGCAGCAUGGCAUGUUAAAGGAAGCUGUGGAAUUCUGUGCGAACAUGCAGAUAAAUUCUGAUGUGUUUUUUGCUAGUCUUUUCCUACCAUGCAUCAAACAGGGAAAACUUAGCCCUCUUCUGCAUGAGCUACGAUCUUUUGAUUCUUCACUUAUCUCAUGGAAGAAAUGCUUAGAGGGGGCAUGUCGUCAGUUGGAGCUGCGUCGUCUUUUCCACGUCCUCUAUGAGCUCCAAAUCUUCCUCCAGGAUCAUGUCCGAGCGUCAAUGACCUGCCUUCAAUUCUAUGUGGCUCGUGCCAAUUCGUUCUCGGAGCUGGUCCAACGGUCGCACCACCUGGAGCACGCCAAGGAGCACCUGGAGCGAUAUCUGUUCAAGUGGACACCAUGGAAGGGAGGAGCAAGAGAGAAGCAGGAAGAGGCCCCCCUCAUCCUUCACCUCUCACUGGAAGACAUCAAUCACCAGCUGAGCCUCAUUCAGCUCCAAGCCAAUCUCAUGCAGUUUCUUAGCAAUCAUGAAACUCUGCACCUUGAUGCUGCCAUGAAUUGUGUAGCACCAGAGAACAAGCAACCCCCAACGCUAUUUGGGAUGCCUGAGCAAAGUGUAGUUGUGGCAGCCAUAACUCUCCUUGCUCCACCUUCCAUUCUCAAGGGCUUUCCUCUGUGCCUCAGAUUGAUGCAGGAGAGGACUCUUUCUUGGAGAGAUGUUAUGGUGAAGGCUACCACCGGCUUAGUGAGAAUGAAACGAGUCCCAGAGCUCCAGGAAUUCAUACUAGGGAUUCAGAAACACUGCACCGAUGGAAAUGCCGAGAGUCUUCGAGAUGUCACCUUGGAAGCUGCUGUUCGAGCCAUCAGAGACGAGAAACGGAUGGAAGAAGUCGAUCAGGUGAUUCGGCUCUCAAACUCGGCAAAGACCAAGGUAAACUACAGCUUAACUGCAUGU